CUAUCCCUUGAUCCCAUGAUCCGUGUGGUUCUGAUCUGUUUCUCUGCUGGCCUUGCAGCCCCUCCCACGGUGCGGAUCGUGCACUCGGGCCUGGCCUGCAACAUCGAGGAGGAGCGCUACUCCGAGAGGGUCUACACCAUCCGCGAGGGAGAGACCCUGGAGCUCACCUGCCUGGUCACCGGCCACCCCCGGCCACAGAUCAGGUGGACCAAAACAGCAGGAAGUGCCUCUGACAGAUUCCAAGAUUCCAGUGUCUUCAACGAAACCCUGAGGAUUUCCAACAUCCAGAGACACCAGGGAGGCCGCUACUACUGCAAGGCCGAGAACGGCCUGGGCUCCCCGGCCAUCAAAUCCAUCCGAGUGGACGUGUACUAUUUGGAUGAUCCCAUAGUCACGGUCCACCAGAGCAUUGGGGAAGCCAAGGAGCAGUUUUAUUAUGAGAAGACCGUGUUCCUCAGGUGCGUGGCCAACUCCAACCCGCCCGUGCGCUACAGCUGGCGCCGCGGCCAGGAGGUGCUGCUGCAGGGCUCUGACAAGGGAGUGGAGAUCUACGAGCCCUUCUUUACCCAGGGAGAAACAAAGAUCCUGAAGCUGAAGAACCUGCGACCUCAGGACUACGCCAACUACAGCUGCAUCGCCUCGGUGCGGAAUGUCUGCAGCAUCCCGGAUAAAAUGGUGUCCUUCCGCCUCUCCAACAAAACUGCAUCCCCUUCCAUCAAGCUCCUCGUGGACGACCCCAUCGUGGUGAACCCUGGCGAAGCCAUCACCUUGGUGUGUGUGACCACCGGGGGGGAGCCGGCACCCAGCCUGACGUGGGUGAGGUCUGCGGGGGUCCUGCCCGACAAGACCGUCCUGAAUGGGGGCACUCUGACCAUUCCCGCCAUCACCUCCGAGGAUUCCGGCACCUACAGUUGCAUCGCCAACAACAAUGUCGGCAAUCCCGCGAAAAAGUCCACCAACAUCAUUGUAAGAGCCUUAAAAAAAGGACGCUUUUGGAUCACCCCUGACCCGUACCACAAAGACGACAACAUCCAGAUCGGGCGGGAGGUGAAGAUCUCGUGCCAGGUGGAGGCCAUCCCCUCGGAGGAGCUCACCUUCAGCUGGUUCAAGAACGGGCGGCCCCUGCGCAGCUCGGAGAGGAUGGUGAUCACCCAGACCGACCCCGACGUCUCCCCCGGCACCACCAACCUGGACAUCAUCGACCUGAAGUUCACGGAUUUCGGGACCUACACGUGCGUGGCGUCCCUCAAGGGAGGCGGCAUCUCGGACAUCAGCAUCGAUGUCAACAUCUCCAGCAGCACAGUGCCCCCCAACCUGACGGUCCCGCAGGAGAAGUCCCCGCUGGUGACGCGGGAAGGGGACACCAUCGAGCUGCAGUGCCAGGUGACCGGGAAGCCCAAACCCAUCAUCCUGUGGUCACGGGCGGACAAGGAGGUGCCGAUGCCGGAUGGGGCCCUGCAGACAGAGAGCUACGACGGGAUCCUGCGGAUCGUCAAUGUUUCCCGGGAAAUGAGCGGGACCUACAGGUGCCAGACCAGCCAAUACAACGGGUUUAACGUCAAACCCAGAGAGGCGUUGGUGCAGCUCAUUGUGCAGUACCCCCCGGCCGUGGAGCCGGCGUUCCUGGAGCUGCGGCAGGGCCAGGGCCGCGGCGUCACCAUGAGCUGCCGGGUGCUCCGGGCGUAUCCCACGCGGGUGCUGAGCUACGAGUGGCGCCUGGGCAGCCGCGUGCUGCGCACGGGCCAGUUCGACCUGCAGGACUCCACGGAAUAUACCGUCAGCAGCCUCUCCCGCGACUCCUAUGGCAUCUACAACUGCAACAUCAUCAACGAGGCGGGCGCCGGCCGCUGCAGCUUCCUCGUCACAGGAAAAGCCUACGCCCCGGAAUUCUACUACGACACCUACAACCCGCUGUGGCAGAACCGGCCGCGGGUCUAUUCCUACAGCCUGCAGUGGACGCAGAUGAAUCCCAACGCCGUGGAUCGGAUCCUGGCCUAUCGCCUGGGAAUCCGCCAGGCCGGGCAGCAGCGCUGGUGGGAGCAGGAGAUCACGGUGAACGGGAACAUCCAGAAGGGGGAAUUGAUCACCUACAACCUGACGGAGCUGAUCAAGCCCGAGGCCUACGAGGUGCGCCUGACGCCCAUUACCCGCUUCGGGGAGGGCGACUCCACCAUCCGGGUCAUCAAGUACAGCGCUCCAGUGAAUCCACACCUCCGAGAGUUCCACUGUGGCUUUGAGGAUGGGAACAUUUGCCUUUUCACUCAAGACGACACCGACAACUUUGACUGGACAAAACAAAGCACUGCCACGAGGGACACGAAGUACACCCCCAACACGGGGCCCAACGCCGAUCGCACCGGCUCCAAGGAGGGUUUUUACAUGUACAUCGAGACGUCCCGUCCCAGGCUGGAGGGGGAGAAGGCCAGACUUGUCAGUCCCGUUUUCAGCGUCGCUCCCAAAAAUCCCUACGGAGCCACCAACACGGCCUAUUGCUUCAGCUUCUACUAUCACAUGUAUGGACAGCACAUAGGAAGUUUGAAUGUUUACCUGCGGCUCAAGGGUCAGACUGCCAUAGAAAACCCCUUGUGGUCUUCGAGUGGGAAUAAGGGACAGCACUGGAACCAAGCCCGGGUGAACAUCAACCCCCCCACCUCAUUCCAGCUCAUCUUUGAAGGAAUCCGUGGCCCUGGAAUCGAAGGGGACAUUGCUAUUGAUGAUGUGUCCAUUGUGGAAGGAGAGUGUAUGAAAUCAGACCAACCGGCCAACAAUCUACGAUCAGGUGCUGUUGGGCCAUUAGCGCAUAUACGACUUCUCCCACUCCUCAUCCUCAUGUCUGUCUUAAGUCAUCAGAGGUGACCUUAUCCUGGCAGAGGCUACAAAAGAUUCACCAGGCACUGGCAUGAAGAAAGAGUCUUUGUAAAAUGGACAUUUCCAAACAAACUACCAAAGAUUCCUCCACUGACUGACUCGAAAGUUAAAUAAACGCGUAAAUAAAUAAUUAAAAAAGAAAAAAAAAAAAAAAAAGAACAGAUUAAGAAAGCACUGGGGACUUGAAAAGGCGUCACGGGAGUGGAACUCACUAAGAACCAAGCUUGAGACCAAGAUCUGGCCUAAGUAAGGAAGAGACCUUCAGGUGCUUCAGUGGUCACUGAUGAAUUCAGCAUCAUCUGGUUGAACUCUCGGCAAAGAGCUCUAGAAACCCUUGUCAAAGCACAAAGUCAUGGCUGGUUUUGUUUCAAAUGAAUCGUUUGCUUGUUACCAUGGAAACCGAAUGGCCUGCCAAAAAAAAAGGAGGAAGGAGAGAGAAAGAGAGAGAGGAAAUACAAACACAGAGAGAGAGAGAAACACCUCACUGUAAACAGGGUACGUGAAGAGCUGGCGUUCAUUUUCCCUUCCCGAAGGUUUUUAGCGUAGAGUUAAACAAAUGUCGGCCCUUUCUACUUCGGCUGCCACCUCCCCUCGAGGAUAACCCGGAAUCGGAGCUGUUUGCAGACAUUCCCGUUUCAUUCCUCACGGCUCUGCUUGGUGACUGUGCGCUGUCUCCUUUUGCAUGCAUUCCCAUCCAGGACGUGCCACCUGGGCUCACAUUUGUCACAGGCUUCACUGGGAGUUUGCUCGCGGCCGCUGGAAGAUCCCUCUCCCCUCCCCACCGGAGUCAUCAGCUCUACGGAAGUGAAGAAACCAAACCACCGUCUUUUAUAAAUUGCCAUGGAAACCAAGUGCCUUCAAUGAAACAAGCCUGAUUUCAAAAAAACAGAAACAAAAAAAAAGAACUAUAUAUAUAUAUAUGUGUAUAUAUAUAUAUAUAUAUAUAUAACAUAAUUCUAAUAAAUGUAAUAACGAUGAUUUCAACACGGAAGCUUUGCACCGCUAAAAACGUGGGUUGUGCAAACUCUUUUCUAAACAAACUCUGGAGCCUGGGUGUGCAGGCAAGGAGACGGAGCCGCUUCUGGAGAAGGAUGGAUGGACCUAAGCUGCUGUGGAAAGCCUUUGGGAUGAGAUCCGUGUUGUGUCACCUUCCAGACAGCCAUGGCCUUUCAGCUUCUUAUUCAUUCGGAACAGCUCCCGUAGGUGCUGCCCGUGGGAGCAGCACUUUCUGUUGUUGUCGUCGUCGUUUCAGGUUCUCCAGUGGGUCAACCAGAGGAACAAAGGUGGUUCAGACACACACUUGGUGCAGAAGGUGGUGAAACACGGGAUGAUUUUCUUACUCUCCCCCUCCGUUGGGAUGGCUCCCAACAUCCGGAGCUCCGGACGCCCCGAGGGGGCUCUGCCUCUGUCCCGGAAACCAGACUCGGUGCAGAGGGUGAAAGAUUAUUUUGUUAUUGUAGCGAAAUUCAAAAAAACAAAACAGAACAAAAAAUUAAAAAAAAAAUAAAAUUAAAAAUAAUCCACUUUUACAAGGAGAAAAAAAAAAAAAAAUAAAUAAAAGCUGUACAAAAUGGGUUCGAGCUACCCGAACACAUGCCGGUUUUCCACUGCAUUGUAAAGUUCCCUUCCAGUUGGUUAUGAAAUUUGAAGACCUUUUUCCUUAAAUUAUCUCAGCUUUUAACUUCAUUUAAAAAAAAAAAAAAGACUUUUGUCUAAAGAAGAGUAUUAUUAUUAUAAUUAUUAUAAUUAUUAUUAUUAUUCUGUGUUCUCUCGACACCCUAGGAUUAAAAACAAAAACCUGAUAUGCAAAUAAUUGGAGUACAAAUGUGAAAACAAACAAAAGAUGAGUAUAAUAAUUGCAAAUAUGAGUAUAAAAAGCACAACGAGAUGCAGUAAAACAAUGACAAGGCUUGAUUUUUUUUAUUCUGUAGAGAAAUGUUUGUGCAAAUUCAGUAAUUCCACUGAAGAGAUAAUUUUCCAGCUCUGUUCAAUAAAGCCUCUUUCCAGGUAAGGCA